UAUUAAUUGUUGUCAUAAGAGUUGGAUCAUCUACAACACCAGCAGAACCUCAAACAACGGAAAGUGUAUCACCCUACACCACAACAAUUGAAACCGCAACUGUGUCAACAAUGUCUUCAACAGUCUCUACAUUGGCAUCGACUGAGAAAGAAACUAUCGCAUCGACGAGCGGACCUACAGAUAACGCGACACAACCAACAAGCGAGCAAAUGACAACAAUAACAACAACUCUUAGUAAUGGUGAUGAUACAGAAGGGACACGGGAAACAACAACAGUGAUUACAAGCACGGAUACAGCACAGACACAAGAAACAACUGAAAUAAGUACCACCAGAACAACAGAAAAUACAACUUCCUCCACUGAUCCAACAACAUAUUCACCUAAUUCAAGUGGAAUUUCUACAAGUAAUAAUGACGUAUCUACCGAAUUAACAACUAAUGACUCUUACAACACUACUAGCUCAACUGAAACAACAUCACUAUCUAAUGACACGACCAGCUCAACUGUACCAACUUUACUACCUAAUGACACAACCACAACAGCUCUAGAGUCUAAUACCACAGCAAUAACAAGUUCACCAAACACAACAUCUGAACAACCCAACACAACAACUGAGGAACUACUUACCACAGACAUAACAGAACAAAACACGGCCUCAACCGGUAGUGUCGACAGUACAACUGAGAUGACAUCCACGAUUAAAUCAACCAAUCAGCCAAUGGUAACAACAACAAAGAAAAAUCAUAUUGAGGCUAUCUAUCCUAGCAUUGAAAAUGCUGUGCUGGAUUUUACAUUUAGAUUACAGUUUGAGGAUUGUUCAUACAAUAAAACAUCAAUUGAGAAAGAGCUUACAGUUGUAGCCAGUACUGUAAAUGGAUGCGAGUACAUCAGGGUGAAAAGCAUAAAAAGCUGUGCUUCUGGGCGGAGGAGAAGGUCAACAACAGGAUUGUAUGUGUCAGUAAAUAGUGUGUUCGGUAUUGACGCCAAGAUCGGAGUGGGAAAUGGGUCAGAUGUAUCCAACGAAUUGUAUACCGCCUUAUCGAAUGUACCUGGCAUUGAUGGGGCGUAUUUAAAUGAUUCAAGAAAUAAUUUAAGUAAUGCUUUAACGUCACAGUCUAUAUGUGACGCAGACACCUGCAAAAGUGCACUGAUUGGUCGACCAGGAUAUGUGUGCGUCAGUGAGAAUUUUAACAACACGCAGAGAUGCGCAAUUAUGUAUUACUGUUACCGUCAACCUAUUGACUGCGGAGAAAAUGGAGAAUGUUAUGUGGAAACUGAGAUUCGAUCUGGACAGACGUCCUAUAUCUCUAAAUGCAGAUGUAAAAAAGAAGAGUACUAUUGGUAUGAAGGCACUCAAUGUACUGAAAGAGUCAUCACGUGGCAAUUAGCUGUAAUAAUCUGUGUUUCCGGUGCUGGAGUACUAAUUCUCAUCCUCCUUUUCGUCAUUAUAUCACUCUGCUGUAGAAACUCUUCUAAUUCUGCUGAUGUAAGCUUUGAUGAGUCUGAAUUGAUAUACAGUCCAUCCGGGAUAACCAGCCUAAAUCAAUAUAAAAAUGGAAGGACGAGAGAAUCUUUCAAGGGAAAAGAUAAUGGGGCUUAUAUGGAAGUUCGCGAAACAUCAGCAGGCGGAAGUUGGAGACCCGAGGACAGUGCUAACACGUAUGCUAAUAUAGAUUCCAAGUUACGAGAAUCUAAUUAUAAAAUACAGAUAAAAAGACCACAGGUUUCGCAGUAUCGAAAGUCAGACGAAAUCACCGAGUUUUAGAGACAAUCAAUCAAACAUGCAUCUAUCGACAUUUUGAGAUACGUACGACCUCAACUAGCAGUCUGGAAUAUUUAUUUAACUGCAAUUGUUAUUCCCCACACUGAUUACAAGUGGAACAUACCUUUUUUAAUUGAAAUGACAAAGUGUGACACAAAUAAAAAAUGUGAUAAGCAAAAUAUCGUCCAUUACUAAAAUCAAAUAAUAACAUUUGCUGUAACAAAUAUGUAUUAUUCAUGUAAUUUGAAAGGGACAAAGUCGAAAAUAAUGUAUACUUUAUUUGUAAAAGGAUUAUUUAGAUUAAGUAAUGAACAUUGAAAUUUUUAAUGUAAGGUAUGUGCCUUCGUUGAUUUUUGUUAUUCAUUUGUAACAUCCUCUCAAAUUUGUAAACUAACUAAUAUUACCUGUCUAACCAUUAAACUGGUGGGUUGUCUUGAUCAUUUGUAUUUCCCAAAAAAUGCUUACUUUUAAAAAAAU